CGGCGCGGGUCCGGGAAAGCCCGGGCGCAGCGCGCGCCUCGCCCGAGUCCCGGCGCCGUCGCCACGCCCACUUCCUGCCCCAUCCCGCGCCUUUCCAGGUCCCUCUCCCGGUGAACCGGAUGCUCCGUCAGUCUCCUCCUCUGCGUCCUCGGCUGCUGCCCGGGUCCAGCGCGAAGCCGCAGCCACCCCCGAGGGCCCAGCCAGGGGGCUCCCGGAGGCGGGCCCGGCAGGUGUGCAGCGCGGAAGGAGCUGGGCGCGCACGGUUACCGCGCGUGGAGGAGACACUGCCCUGCAGCCAUGGGUGCCAGGGGCGCUCCUUCACGCCGGAGGCAGGCGGGGCGGCGGCUGCGGUACCUGCCCACCGGGAGCUUCCCCUUCCUCCUCCUCCUGCUGCUCCUCUGCAUCCAGCUCGGCGGAGGACAGAAGAAAAAGGAGAAUCUUUUAGCUGAAAAAGUAGAACAAUUGAUGGAAUGGAGUUCCAGACGCUCAAUCUUCCGAAUGAAUGGUGAUAAAUUCCGAAAAUUUAUAAAGGCACCACCUCGAAACUAUUCUAUGAUUGUUAUGUUCACUGCUCUUCAGCCUCAGCGGCAGUGUUCUGUGUGCAGGCAGGCUAAUGAAGAAUAUCAAAUACUGGCUAACUCCUGGCGCUAUUCAUCUGCUUUCUGUAACAAACUCUUCUUCAGUAUGGUGGACUAUGAUGAGGGGACAGAUGUGUUUCAACAGCUGAACAUGAACUCUGCUCCUACCUUCAUGCAUUUUCCUCCAAAAGGCAGACCCAAAAGAGCGGACACUUUUGACCUUCAGAGAAUUGGAUUUGCAGCUGAACAACUUGCAAAGUGGAUUGCUGACAGAACGGAUGUUCAUAUUCGCGUUUUCAGACCACCCAACUACUCCGGCACCAUCGCCUUAGCCUUGUUGGUGUCACUGGUUGGUGGUUUGCUGUAUUUAAGAAGAAACAACUUGGAGUUCAUCUAUAACAAGACUGGUUGGGCCAUGGUGUCUCUGUGUAUAGUCUUUGCCAUGACUUCUGGCCAGAUGUGGAACCAUAUCCGGGGACCUCCAUAUGCUCAUAAGAAUCCACACAAUGGACAAGUGAGCUACAUUCACGGGAGCAGCCAGGCCCAGUUUGUGGCAGAGUCACAUAUUAUCCUGGUACUGAAUGCUGCUAUCACCAUGGGGAUGGUUCUUUUAAAUGAAGCAGCAACUUCCAAAGGAGAUGUUGGAAAAAGACGGAUAAUUUGCCUCGUGGGAUUAGGCCUGGUGGUCUUCUUCUUCAGUUUUCUACUUUCAGUAUUUCGUUCCAAGUACCACGGCUAUCCUUACAGCUUUUUAAUUAAAUGAAGUCAAGUGGGAUUUGCAUAAAGUGAAUGCUUACUGUGAAGAUAAACCGUUCCUGACAUUGUUAUUUUGAAUUCUCAAGUUUAUUUCUUUGCUCAUUGUGAUCGCUAGCUUAUUCUUUGUAUUUUUUUAAGUGUGGAUUUUCUUAGUAAAUUUAAUUUAUAGAAAUGAUGGUAACAUUUCCUAUCUACAAAGGAGACAAUUGAAGUGUUUUUAAGCCUAUUAUAUGAUUCAGUGUAUGCCACAGGAUUGAAAUAAAUGACAGUGUAAUUAUGAACUCACGUUUUAGAACCAUUUACUCAUUAGUAAAGGAAAGCACAGUGUUGGUAAAAGGAAUCUAUGUUAAAGAAUGCUUAGUAUCAUGCUGGGAUAGAUCAUAUGCAUGAAAAUAUGUCGUGUGCACUGCAGUUGCGGUUAUAAAGACAUGCAUUGUUCAAAUAGUGUGUUGUUCUUAUUAAUCAUAACUAUAUAAAGGCACAAAACAGGGACCUGCUGAAUGAUGCCUGCAGCUCAGGUGCCUCACCUGGGAAAAGGAGCUUCCUCCUGAGAUUUAAAUCUAAACCACACAUUCACGAAAUCAACUUUCCUCAAAGGAAUCAGGCAAUGGAAACAACACACCACUCCUAGGCAUUAAUACUUCUCUAACUUUAAAAGUGUCAUCUAGGAGUCUAGACUUACAAGAGCCAACCAAACCCACUGUGGCCAGUUCCCUUUUGUGUUUCAUGAAAGCUGCUUGCAUCAAAAGCUCAUUUUCCGAAUCUAGAUAAAAGGUUAGUAGUCCUGGGAUGAGUGAGUAACUCAGUGAAGCUUUUUUGAGAACCAGAUACAGGAAGUUUAAACGUAUUAUGUUUGUAUUCUAUUUUAGUUUGUAAAGCACUUUGACAUACAUUAUUUCUUCCUCAUCUUUGUAAGUUAGACAGGAAGUAAGUUUUGUUUCUGGCUUGUUAAAGUAAUGGAAGCUGAAAGCCAAAAAUGAUUUUAAAAAAUGGAGCUCCUAUCUAGGCUAUCAGACUCUUAAGCCUGAAUGUUUAUGUUCUGUGGAACUACCCAAAGGUGGAUUUAAGAAAGGAGUUCUUUAGUUAGUUCAAUAAAUGUUUACUUUCUCUUUUUUAAGACAUAUUAUCUAAUUUGCAUUAAGAUCUGAUUAUUAGACCAUGGAGCCUUUUGUUCAUUGGAAGUCUCAGCCCUAUAGUCUCAAAUGGGAACCGGAUGUACAUCCACAGAGUUUACUUAUUUUGUAUCUAUGAAUUUCAAUGAAGAAUGAGAAAUACAAAAGCUCACCAGGACAUGCUUAUCAAGUCCAGGGGAAUAUGCUAGCAGGAUGAAAGCUAUCUUCUCAAAACAUGGUAAUUUUGGUGAAAAUUACAUAAUAAUUUAGACCUAUAUUAAUUAAGUUUAUCACACACUCUAAAAUAUAUUAUUAAAAAUGGCAUUGAUUUCCCUAGUUCCUAUCCGUAGGUCAAUAAACUUGGUAUUGGAAUGGCCUUUAAGGAAAAGAAGUAGCUGACUUUGAUCAAUGCCUAUCCCUGCGUGAACUGUAAUUCUUAAUCUGGUGCAUAUUUUUUAUGUUCUCUGAAGUUCUGAAUGGAGUUUAAGGCCAAAUUUAAAAAAAUAAUAAUAAAUAUUUAUUACAACUAACUUUUGCUUGUCCUCUUAAAUCUCAAAAUUAUCUCCAGGUGGGAUGCAGUUGAUUAAAUGAUAAUGACGAAACACAGGUUCUCUCUGUAAAAUUAAUAGGGUUUAAUGACAAUAAAAUUAAAUAAGGAGUUCUUUAUUCCUAAACCAUGUUAGUGUUCUAGCCUAUGUUGUGUACUUUCCUCUGAACAUUUAAAAUAAGUCCAAUAAUUAAAAAUAUGUUAUUUAGAAUUUUAUAAUUUAAAGGGCUUUGGCUUCUCUAUAGACAGUCGCUUAGGGAGGUGAAUUUGAGGGAAAUAAACUCUUGUCAAAGUAAUACAUUGUUGACUGGAAAAUGCUAUAGAAAACGAAACUACAAAGACUAGUUCAAAUACAGUUUGCUUACAGAGCGUCGUAUGUGUGAAAACACAAUGUAUUUACCUUUGCUAAACAGAAUUGGUAUCUGGUGUGCUUUAUCGCUCCAGUGUCGUUUUACCAGAAUCACUGUGUUGUAAACUCUCAUAAAAAUGAUGUUUAAAAAUUUCCUGUUAGAAUUUUAAAAAGUACUCUUCUAAAUUGGAGAGAAAAAUCCUAACAAAGUUCCAUCAAAGGAGUUUCGAUUUAUAAUAACGUCUGAUAAUAACGUCUUGUUGCAUUUUGCUCACUGUUCCUUGCAUAAGAUAUUCCCAACUGUGUUCUGUGCUUACUGUAAUGUUUUAUUACCCAUAAAAUAAUACCCUUUGUCAUUACAAUUCAGUGGGCAUGGUGAUUUGGGGAGAUUAGAGCUUGCUGUGCCAGAGAGCUUGAAUAGUGUUUUUCUUGGUGUUACAAGAACCUCCAUAAGGGUACCUGAUUUUUCUAAAUGAGGCAUGACAUAUCAUUAUUUUCAAUGAAUGACAUUAAACAUUGUGUUUUAAGGACUGGUGACAGGGGCAAACAUACCAGCUAGAGCAUCUAGACGCAAAAGAUUUGUUUGGGGAUAUUUUUUUAAUUCUUAAUUUUUUUUUUUUUUAUUGUUUGGGGUUCAUUGAGGGUACAAAGAAUUAGGUUACACUGAUCACAUUUGUCAUACAAUGUCCCUUUUAUAAUUGUGUCCUGCCCCAAGAGGUGUGCCACACAGCGUGACCCCCUCAUUCCUUUCCCUCCUCCCCUCUCCCCACUUGCUCAUUCCCCUAUCCACCCCCACCCCCCUUGUAUUAGCU